AUGGCCCCCGCCUGCUGCCCUGCCGGAGCCCUGAUGCUCGCGUACGCGGGCCUGCUGGCCGCCGCCGCGGGCCUCGGCUCCCCGGAGCCCGGCUCACCCUCGGGGAGCCGCGCCCGCGAGGAGCCGCCGCCCGGGAACGAGCUGCCCGCGGGGUCGGCCGCCCGCCCGCAGGAGCCCACCGUGGAGCAGGUACACGGCAUUGAUCCCCGCGAUGCCUGGAUGCUCUUCGUUAGGCAGAGCGACAAGGGCGUCAACAGCAAGAAGGGGAGCAGAGGCAAAGCCAGGAAGCUGAAGCUUGGCCUGCCAGGUCCCCCAGGGCCCUCCGGCCCCCAGGGCCCUCCGGGCUCCAUCACCCCACCUGAGGUCCUGCUGAAAGAGUUCCAGCUGCUGCUGAAAGGCGCGGUGCGCACACGCGAGUGCGCGGAGCCCGAGCCCCGCCCGCGCGGCCCCGCCUUGGUGCCGGCCGGCCCCGCCUUGGUGCCGGCCGUCCCCGCGGAGGAGGAGGAGGAGGAGGAGGAGGCGGCGGGGGGCGCGGGCGUGCUGGCGCUGCUGGCUGCGCCCCUGGCCCCGGGCCCGCGGGCGCCGCGCGUCGAGGCCGCCUUCCACUGCCGCCUGCGCCGGGACGCGUCGGUGGAGCGGCGCGCGCUGCACGAGCUCGGCGUCUACUACGUGCCCGACGCCGAGGGCGCCUUCCGCCGCGGCCCGGGCCUGAACCUGACCAGCGGCCAGUACACGGCGCCCGUCGCCGGCUUCUACGCGCUCGCCGCCACGCUGCACGUGGCGCUGGCCGAGCAGACGAGACGGGCGCCGCCGCGUCCCCGGGACCGCCUGCGCCUGCUCAUCUGCAUCCAGUCCCGGUGCCAGCACCACGCCUCCCUGGAGGCUGUCAUGGGGCUGGAGAGCAGCAGCGAGCUCUUCACCAUCUCGGUCAAUGGCGUUCUGUAUCUGCAGGCGGGGCAGUACACCUCCGUCUUCCUGGACAAUGCCAGCAGCUCCUCCCUCACGGUGCGCGGUGGCUCCCACUUCAGUGCUGUCCUCCUUGGUGUAUGA